CCCGGAAUGAAAAAUAGACCAUACAUUUUUCGCACCGCAUCGGGUACAGAGUUAUGACCACCCCCAUGAUACACAGUGCCAAGGAACACCAAAGCUGAUCCAGGGUCCAUCUCUAGAUCAUGGUGAGCACUACCUUGGACUAUUGUAACAAGCAACUUGCAAAACAAAGAGAAUCGUACCUGCAAAACAAACUUCGUCAAUCCUCGGAACUCGAGUAUGACUCCAUUUAUGAGAGCCCGGAAUCGCCAUCGUCGCUCCAUUCUCACGAGUAGUCUUCGACCCAGCGAUCAUGAAACCUAGAGAAAUACCUCAAGGAGUGACCGAGCUUGAAAACCAAACAAACAAAAUUGCAACUAAACAUGGCCGUACAACCCAAACACAAAAACCCUUCAAUACUCUCUCCGCUAUCGGUAUAGGCUAUGGCGUUACCAAUACCGCAGUGGGCAUUCCCCUCGUAAUCGCCACCACCAUUCCCCUUGGCGGCUCACCGCAAGUAUUCUGGGGAUUCCUCCUCAUGGCCGUAGUCGGCCUUGCCACAGCAACAACUCUUGCAGAAUUGAUCUCAGCAAUGCCUCAUCCAGGAGGGCAGUACAUAUGGGUCAAUAAGCUUGCGCCAGAGCGAUACAGGCGCGGCUUAUCAUACACCACUGCGAUGAUUAGUUGGAUAUCUGCAAUCGCGACUGGAGCUUCGGGAAAUCUUUCCGUACCGCUAAAUGCAUUUUCCAUCGUUACACUACUCCGUCCUAGUUUUGUUUACCAAAGAUGGAUGGGUUUUCUCAUGUUCCAAGUUAUUAACGUCGUGACUUGCUUAGGAGCUUGUUUUUUGCAUGUGCUACCGAGCAUGUCAAGCUAUAUACUAGGGUUCAACGUCCUUUCGGUCGGCGUCAUUGUCGUUACACUGUUUGCAACGUCUAGCACACACACAAGCGCAACAAACUUCUUCACAAUCAACAAUGUAUCUGGUUGGCCAAAUGGUGUGGCAUUCAUAAUCGGCUGCAAUGGUAUCAACUGGUGUUUCUCUUGCUUGGAUGUUGCAACCCACUUGGCAGAAGAGAUUCCAUCGCCUGAGACCAACAUUCCGAAGGCUUUGAUCUGGACCAUAGUCAUCGCUUCCAGCAGUGGUAUGCUUAUGGUUCUCGCCAUUCUCCUCAAUAUCGGUCCUAUUGAAGAGGCGAGCUACUCAGGCGUUGAUAUCUUCUACCGAAUUACCGACAGUAAAGCCGCAGCAGUUGGCCUUUGGAUUCCUGUUUUGAUUCUCGUUCUAGCCUCCGUCUGGGGCAUACAGACUUGGCAAUCCCGUCUUGCAUGGACUAUCAGUCGUGAAUCUGGCUUUCCCCUUCAUCCCCACUUUAGCAAGAUAUUUCCCCAUCCUUUCUAUACACCUAUAUGGUCAUUGCUAGGUUCAGCCGUUGGUACGGCACUUUUUGGAUGCCUCUAUCUCGCUUCUGAGCUAGCCUUCAACUCACUCAUAGCGACGGGAAUUCUGCUACAAUACCUCAGCUAUAGCAUCCCAACUUUACUAGUGCUUUGGCACGGUAGGUCUAACUUUCGCCACGGCCACUUUUGGUAUCCCAGAUUAGGUCUUCUUGCAAAUCUCAUCAUGCUGGCCUGGACAGUGACAGCUUUGAUAUUCUAUUGUUUUCCUUCAUACGCGGAAGUGCGCGCGAGUCAGAUGAAAUAUGUCUCCGCCGUUAUGAUGCUUAUCGCGGUGUUUAUCAUUUCGCUCUGGUUCCUCUAUGCUAAAACUUCUUACAAGGUCGUCGAACUUGUUAUGCACUAGAAAUAAUCCAUGGCAGGGGGUCUAUACUGCCAACAAGCGUAGUAUGAUAUAUAUUAUUUUACUGGCGUAGUUUCUUAACAAAUUUGUAUACCUCUCGACACCUUCAGUAGGGCAGACUGUCCGGCUCCAGGGUUCUUAGGUAGGAUCGAAAAAAGUCAUCUGCUGUAGAGGUGAAUAGGUACUCUUGGCAAAAAUGUAGCCAAAUCCG